CUAUUUUUUGCAGUAAGCAGUUUGUGGAAAAGGGAGAUCUUGUGUUUACGAUCUCCGAACCAAACUGACCAAACCGGGAUGGUGGGAAAUCAGAGACGCUGGUGUUUGUGUGUGCUUGGCAUUGUCGUCUAACGCAUGUUCGUAGCUCUGGCGCCGGUUAGCUCUGCUUGCUCGUCGCCGCUCACGUUGACAAGGAUUCACUCUCUAACGUUUAGCUGUCGCACACCAUGGCCGCAGUCAGCCUCAAUAACUCACCCAUCACCCAGGUCUCGCAGACCCCUGUGCAGACAAACCUCCAGCCUCAGCUUUUGACAAGGUUGUUGCUCGACCUACGAGGCAGGCGCUUUUCCGUGGACCGAGAGACGAUUAUGAAUCUUCCCGAAUCCGUCCUUCUCUGUCUCUUUCCAAAUGGUCUUGUGCUAAGUCGACAGAGUGCUGCGUUAUCAGAUGGAGGAGAUAAUGACGACUAUGAGGAGCUUUAUGCCGUUGAUUUCGACCCGGAGUGUUUCUCAUAUGUACUCACCUUCUUUCGGAAUGCCUCUGAAGCAUUCUAUGGAACACCCACAUCACCAGGACUCUUUGCCGCUCAGCAACAUCUUGUGGAAGGCGGAUCUCCUACCUCCGACUUCGGUCCUUCUCCGUCGCAAAAUCCCCUGCUAACGAAGCAAGCCAUCAUUGUCCUCCGAGAAGAACUCGAGUAUUUUUCCAUUCCUCCAAAGGAUGGCAAGGCAUCUACCAACAACGACGGCAUUGCCAACCAGGAACUGAUCGAAAUCAAGCGCAAGAGUGGUGACUACCUUUUGCACAGGCGCAAUAUCUUCACCGCCCUCCAACGCAAUGUCAGCAAAGAGAAUAACGUCGCCGAGCAACAUCUCAUCGACAUGCUGUGCAUGAGCGGCUUCAAUCGGGACGAUGAAUGGGGCUAUCGUGCAAUGGAGCCGUCCCGCUGUUGUAUCUCUUCUAUUGCCCUCGUGCUCUUGAAGACCGGCAUCAUCCACUCGACUGGUGCAACCGGUGAGAAGCAGGUGACGAUCGACUAUGCUCAAAUGGGCACCGCACAAAAGUUGCUUCUAUUCUGGCGAAAACCUGCACGUAAGUGCUGGUGGGAUGGUAUCGAAGUUAGCCUCGCCGAUCCUGGUGAACCAGAGAAAUGCAUCAAGCUAUGGGCUCGACGUGUUUGGACUCUGGAACUCUCUCUGGUUUGAAUGGACAUUCUGCUACAGCUACACACGGAUUUACGUUUCUGGUCGGCUUCAUCCAUUUUCUUUUGUAUCAUAGAUACCUCCUGCAUCUGAUACCCUAAUGUUUUGCAUGUUGACCUCUGUCGCCUGUAAUGCAUCGCUUGAAGACUGACUGCGAUCGUGAAAUGAGGCUCGAACUUCGGUUCGAGUAAUUGUUAAAUUUUGAAAC